CUUGUCGCCGGGCGCGGCGCCGUUCGGGGUGCGGGGUGGGCGUCGCCUCGCUGCCGCGCAGGUUGCAGUUGCGCCGCGUGCAGCUUCGGCCCUGCGGUUCCGGACGCGGGGACGCGCGUGAUGCGCUCCGUCAGCUGAAGCCUUACUCUGCGUGAAGAGUUACUAAUUUCCCUGGGUUUUGUGGUGUUGGGUUUUUUUUGUGACAGUCCCUGCAUUAGUGUCUGCACGCUUUAGAAACUGAUUUAUUUUUCUAGCGUUCCUCUGAGGUAAAGACAUUCUGAUUUCCAUAUAAGGAACUGAGGUAUGCGUAUUUAAAUUUUGGGCACGCCAAAUAAUAUUAAGUGCAAAAUGAGAAAGGUCUGUACCUGACUCCCCUCAUAAAUGUUCUUAUCUUUAGAAAAUAACAAAAUAUUUAAUAGGAAUGCCUUAUCGUGCACUACGAAUAAGAAGGGAGUCAGCUGGGGAAAGAUCGCUUUGAUUUCACAACCAGAUGUAUCAACACUUUUGAAAAUGUGUUAAGUUUAAGCUGUGUAGGCGUUCCUAAUUUGAGCACCUUUGAUUUUUAUUUUUUUAAAAAACUGCUUUACUUUGCACUAUCCUGUAAGAUGUGGAGAAGCUGAAGUUUCUUUUCAGCAGCUUUGUUUUCGUGUAUGAAGUGGAAAACAGACACACCAACCACAUAGCUGUAGUAUCGCUGCCGUUUCUGUAUAAGUUCAGAGAUCUGACCAUAGAAGAACUAAAGAAUGUUAACAAGACCUACCCAAACUUCACAUUCUCCAUGAACACAUACACCUUCAAGGAUGGAUCCCAGAAGGACCUCCUGAAUUUUAGUGGUACUAUUCCAGUGAAAUAUGGUAAUUCCUAUAACAUACCUAUUCAUCUGUGGAUUCUGGAUUCUCAUCCCUUUGCUCCUCCCAUUUGCUUCUUGAAACCAACUGUGAACAUGGGCAUUUCUGUGGGAAAGCAUGUUGAUGCUCAUGGCAGGAUUUAUUUGCCCUACCUGCAAAACUGGAGCCAUCCUAAAUCAACUGUUAUUGGAUUAAUCAAGGAAAUGAUUGCAAAAUUUGAAGAAGAGCUCCCUUUGUAUUCACUGUCAUCUUCUGAUGCAGCCAGGCAAUCGGAACUUCUCUCCUACAUUGCAAAGAUUACUGAAGGAGAGACUGACAUGAAAUUGAAGAGUAAAAUUGGAGGAGGCAAAACUGAAGGAUGUUUUAAUAAAAUUACUGUUGUUGGAGCUGGAGAUCUUGGCAUCGCAUGUGUGCUAGCAGUUGCAGCAAAGGGUGCUGCAGACAAGGUGGUUCUUUUGGAUCUUUCUGAAAGUGCAGCAAAAGGAGGGACCAUGGACUUGGAGAUCUUUGCUCUGCCAAAUGUGGAGAUCAGCAAAGAUUUUUCUGCUUCAGUUGAUUCAAAAGUUGUGGUACUUACAGUUAAUUCUCUGGGUAAUGCUCAGACUUACCUUGAUGUCAUACAAAGUAACGUGGAUUUGUUCAGAGGCAUUAUCCCAGCAAUAUCACACUACAGUCAGAACACUGUUCUCCUUGUUGCUUCUCAUCCAGUUGAAAUAAUGACGUACGUGUCAUGGAAGCUGAGUGCAUUUCCCAAAAGCCGAGUUAUUGGAGUAGGUGCCAACCUAGAUACUGAGAGGUUUCAGUAUAUACUGACAAACCUUUUGAAAGCCCAGGUGAUGGCAAGAGGUGCUUGGAUUAUUGGUGAACAAGGAGAAGACAAAGUACCAUCAUGGACCAGUUGUAAUUUAGUUGCAAAUCAGAUGGAAGCAAUGGCUGCUUGUAACUCAAGGGAAAAGGUGGCUAACAGAGCUAUGGAAGUUCUAAAGGGAAAAGGUCAGAGAUCUUGGUCUGUUGGGCUCUCAGUUGCUGAUUUGACUGACAGUAUACUGAAAGAUAAAAGAAAGGUUCAUUCUGUAUCCACCCUGGCAAAGGGAUGUUGCAAUAUAAACAGUGAAGUAUUCUUAAGUCUACCUUGUGUUCUUGGAAUCAAUGGAGUGAUUGAAAUGGUCAAACUAGAAGAUGAUCAACUAGUGCAAGAGAAACUGCGAAGCAGUGCAGGAUCAAUUCAUGACCUUCAGCAGCAACUGAAACUGUAAGCAAGCACAAGGGAAGCCACAGUGUCUGCUCACAGAGGUCGGAGACUUGCUAGGCAGAAAGGGUUGCUUAGUACAUACGGAUUUCCAUAUAAAACAAGACACAUUUUUUUACUUUCAAAAGUGCUUCCUCCAUUUUGGUUUAAAUUAUUUAAUACUGCACUGCAUAUAACUUUGUAUUUGAAAAGUGCACUUUUGAUAGUCAAAAUGAGAAGGGGUAAUGUGCAAGAAUGUUUUACCUAAGUUGAGGUGACUUUUGCCUGUGUUUUUUUUGUUGUUAAUUAUAGCCUGAUUCUUGAGUUAUUCUUAGCUCUUUGCACCUCAUGAGGACACAGUCUAGGAGAGCAGCUUACCCAGCUCUGUGGAAACUCCAGUGCAUAAAGCCAACUAGAACUCUUCCUCCUGGUUUUUGCAUGUUGCAUCAGGGACUUGUCUAGAACAUGGUCACACUCCAGCUCUUCAGGACACUGGGGGAUGCGGUUCAAUAGCUCCAUCUUUUAUGCCUGUCACAGAUGCUCUUAUGCUAAUGGACUCCUGAUUAGUGAAGUGGGAAAAAGCUAAAAGCAUGAUGUUAGCAGCAUCCUUAAAGCCUGAAGUAUUGCAUAUGAAUUUCUGUUUUAUGUUUACUGAUAUUUCAGGCUUUCUGGUCAUGACUUGUUUGCUCUUAUUUUGUGAGGAUGUUCAGAGCACUAAAGCAUCUGUACUUCUCAGUACAUGCAAGACACUUACCCUGUGCAGCAGGAACAGGUGCUUUUCUGAAAGAGAGGAUCAGGGGGUGGGCUUCAAGUAAAGAAUAACAUCUGACAGUUGAGUAAUGUAGAAGUAUCUGCAAGUUCAGGCCUUGAUCCAAAGCCAGCUGAUGUCAGUAAGCUUUAUAUCAGCCUGAGGAGAAUACAGCUACCUGAGAAGGCAACAGAACCUGUAACCCUCCUCGGGACAGGCCAAGCAUGUGGUGAAAAAGCAGGAUGUGGAUUUUUAGAUAAAUAAAAAAGCAGAUAGGUUUACGGUAAAGGUUUUUUGGGGUUGUGAACUUGAUUUGCUGCACUGGUGAAAGACUCUAUUCAUCCUGAUUAUACCUCGGCAUCACAAUGCUGGCAGAGGAGAUGUGGGUUCUGCUCCUGCUGUGUGCAGCGGAAGAAUGUCAUCCCAUGUCUACAUUUUGAGGCAUGACUAGUUAAAUAUUGACUAAGCUUUCUAAGCAGAAGUAGGAUGUGUGUCAGAGCAAAAGAUCUAUUCCUUUGUGCCUUCUGAUUGUAUCUCACAAAGAGCCAGGCUUACCAGGAAUUCUGAGUUUAUAUUAAUCUCAGAAUUGAGAUAAAAAUGGAAAGGAAAAAAACCUGCAGUGAUUCAUUUUUUUAAUGGAAAAUCCAAUUUUCCUUCUUUGAUGUCGUCAGUGACAGACCAAAAUUAGCAAUGGCUGCGGGUGACUACCUUUUGCUGCUAUAUUUAAAAAAAAAGCACCCAACACUGUGGCUGGACUUUGGGGCUAGACUUUUUCCCUCUGGAAAAAAACAGAAUAAAAUUAUGGUUUACAUUGUUCUUCAAGGUGUUGCAUUCAAUCUGUUGAGCAUUUAUUCUGGUGUGAAUGGUCUAGGUGUUUUGUUUAUUUAGGGGUUUUAGUAAGAAAAAGCUGCAAACUUCUCCAGGGGUGUGUUUAAGACAGAUGCUUAUGUUAUAAAAUAACUAAUCUUCGCUAUUUAGAAGAAAUGUCACUCUUAUGUUUGCAUUGUAUUCCUUGAAAAAUAACCUAAAGACUGCACCUUGGUCGGCGUGGCGGGAAAUGGCACUUUACCUUCUCACAGGAAAUUAAUUCCCAAAAAUACUUGUUAACAAUAAACUGCACUACAAAGCAACGUUAGA